CCGCCCGUUCCCACUCCCGAAGUCGCCACCGCCUGCAGCUUGCGAAACCGAGACCCCGAGCUCGACACCCAGCGCCGAGCCAGAGAGGCCAAGGACGCACGCACGCAUGGACGCCGCCAUCUCCUGCGUCGGCGUGGCGCCGCAGAACGCGCUGCUGUCCCGCUCCUUCGCCGACGCCGCCAUCGCCCGCGCGCUCCACUUCUCCCUCUCCGACGUGCCCCAGCCUUCCGCCGAGGCGACGGCCGCGACGGCGGCGGCACCGCCAGCGGCGACGACGGUGCUGAUGCACGGCUUCGGGGGCCAUCCUCCGCUGAUGGGCAGCGCGGCGCCGUCGCAGUCGCCGUCGCCGUCGUCGUCCGCGCGGUGCCGGCUGGGGCCGGCGGGCGGGGGCGCGGGGAAGCGGCGGCGGCCGCGGCCGUCGAAGCGCGCGCCCACCACGUACAUCAGCACCGACGCCGCCACCUUCCGCGCCAUGGUGCAGCGCGUCACGGGCGCCGACGAGGCCGACCUGCUGCUGCAGCAGCAGGACGGCCUCGGCCUCCUCCUGCCGCAGCUCGGCGUCGAGCAGUUCCUUCAGGCGGGCCCCACGGCGUACGCGACGACGCCCACGCCCGCCGCGGCGGAGCAGCAGCAGCAGCAGCCGCUGUUCCCGACGCUGGACUCGUGGAACGUCAUGUACGGGAAGAAGAACGAGGUGGCCUGAGCCCUGACUGCCCAAUGAAAACGUCGUGAUCGCUAGUCCGUCCGAGGUGAGCUCGUGCGUGUGCAGCAGCAGCCGCAACUGCUGCGUGGAUGAUCAUUCGAUGGGGGUGACCAUGAGUGGUUUAGGCCUCUAUGGGUGUAGUGUUAAUCGGAGAACCAGGCGAUUGCAGUAGUUUUGCAGUUGCAUCUGAAUGUAUGCCUCCCAUCAUGUAUAGAAAAGUGGCGCUGGUAAAAAAAAAAAGUCUAUCCCUGGUACAGGUAGAGAGGCCGUUGUUUCGCAUUAUUGCAUUGCACUAUGUUUCGAACACAAAAAUCUCUAUUCUUUUCCU